AUGUGGUUGCGAUUCGCUUUUACCGGUUGCUUGUUUCUGCUGGGCAGUGUGCUAUCGAGUGCAGAUGGAUACAAGAUACUGUUUCUCGUCCCAUUUCCCGGUCCUAGCCAUUGGUUAAUGCUGAAACAUUUCAUACGUGAGCUUACCGAGCGACAGCAUCAGGUAACGUGCAUUACAGCCUUUCCGUUUGGUGAGAAGCUACAUAACUACGAUGAAAUCUUCAUUGAUCCUCCGUAUCCCAUUCGGGAGACAUUUCCCGUGGAGGGAUUGUUCGCGUCCAGUCAAACAUCGGAUUUCGACAAGCUGUUCAUGUACUGGGAACUGGGAUUCAAUACCAGCCGGCAUGGUUUGGAGUCGGAAAAUGUGCGCCAGUUUAUUCGGCGUACUGAUCUCGAGUUCGAUUUGGUCGUUGCCGAACAGUUCUUCCAAGAAAGUUGGCUCAUGUUUGCGCACAAAUUCAACGCACCGAUCGUUACGAUCAGCACGUACGGUUAUUCGGACUUUUUCGACCGGAUUAUGGGUUUAAAUACACCGUGGUCCUUUGUGCCGCACAUGAUCCUUUCCUAUGAAGAUGAUAUGGAUUUCCUCCAAAGAGCAUACAACGUGUUAAUUUCGUUGUGUGAUUCCGUUUACCGCAGAUACGUAUAUCUUCCGCAACAGGAUCAACUAGCAAAGGAAGUAUUUGGGGAGUUGACUAAGGAAUCUGAACGUCUACCAAGCAUAAUGGAGCUGGAACAGUCCAUUUCGGUUAUUUUGGUCAACAGCCAUCCUAUCCUGAGCACACCGCGUCCAAGCAUUCGUGGGCUGGUGAACAUUGGCGGAGCACACAUUCGAGCGCCGAAACCACUCCCUGACGAGUUGCGUCAAUUCAUGGACGAAGCACGGCACGGUGUAAUCUAUUUCUCGCUCGGUGCCUACAUGCAGAGUGCUGUGAUGCCGAUCGAGAAGCGUACGGCGAUACUGCGCGUUUUUGGUACACUGGAACAGCGUAUCGUUUGGAAGUUUGAAGACAACAGCCUCCCGAAUAGUGACAUUCCGCCCAAUGUGAUGGUCAGCAAGUGGGCACCGCAGAACGAUAUUCUGGCCCACCCGAAGAUGGUCCUCUUCAUUUCGCACGGCGGUCAGUUCGGUACGUUCGAGACGAUGCAUCACGGGGUACCGGUGCUGUUCAUGCCAUUCUUUGGCGAUCAGCAUCGCAAUGCGGACCGUGCGAUAAAGCAAGGAUUUGCAGAGAAAAUGAGUUUCCAAAGCAUCACCGAGCAGAGCUUUGGUGCGAAGGUGCGCCAUUUAAUUGAGAACAAACAGUAUUUCGCGCGUGCGAAGGAAAUAUCGAAACUCUUCACCGAUCGGCUGGUGCAACCGAUGGAUGAAGCCAUCUUCUGGAUUGAGUACACAGCCAGACACAAGGGCGCAGUGCAUUUGAAGUCGAAAUCGAUUCGAUUCAACUGGUUCGAGUACAAUUCGUUCGAUUUGGUGCUGUACCCAGCAGCUUUGGUGUUUGGUAUGUUAUUAAUCAGUAAACUGGCCGCAUUUAUGACUAAAACCAAUAACGGACAGCGGGAUCGAGACAGGUCAUCCAGUAAGCGCAAAAGCGUUACAAAAAAUCGAUCGUAA